UAAUAAGUGUUUUAACUUUUCUAUUCUAUUAGUUUGGAUUUUUUUUUUUAUUCUAUGUGAUUUUUAUAAAAUUAUUUUUGAAGGCCUCUUAUUAAAAUUUAAUUUUACGAUGAUAUAUUCGCGUUUUACUCGAAUAUCAUUUCCGUAUAUAAGAAUCCAACGUUCAACUUUUAGAUGCUUUAACCAAAUUGAUACAAAUGCAUUUCAGUUGUUCGAUGAAAUGCCUAAACGAGAUGUAGCAUCGGCUACAUCUUUGAUUAGCCGUUUUGCUAAACUGAAUCAACACAAGAAAGCAAUGAGUAUCUUCUCAAGAAUGUUUGAGCUGAAUAUUAGACCGAAUGAGUUCACAUUUGGUGUUGUAAUUCACUCAUCUGUUGUUCUUGAUGAUCCAAAUUUAGGAAAGCAAUUUCAUGUUGUUGCAAUGAAACUUGGUCUUAACUCGAAUGUUUACGUGGGUAGUGCACUUUUGGAUCUUUAUGUAAAGCUAUGCAGCAUUGAAGAAGGUCUGUUUGUUUUUGAGGAUACACAUGAACCAAAUGUGGUUUCGUAUACAACUUUAUUGUGUGGAUAUCUUAAAGAACAGAGGUUUGAUGAAGCAAUGGAGAUUUUUCGGAUAAUUCCAGAGAGAAAUGUUGUUACUUGGAAUGCUAUGAUUAGUGGUUAUAGCAAGAAAGGAUGUAACGAAGAGGCUAUUAAUCUUUUUAUUGAGAUGUUGAGACGAGGUUUCAUACCUGAUCAAUCUACGUUCCCUUCUUUGUUAAGUGCAGCUGCAAAUAUGGCAGCAUUGGGUAAGGGAAAAAGUUUGCAUGCUUGUGCUGUGAAGUAUUUGGGUGAGGUUGGUGUGUUUGUUGGCAAUUCACUUGUUAGCUUUUAUGCAAAAUGUGGGAGUUUAGAGGAUUGUCUUUGCGUUUUUGAUAGACUUACUGAAAGAAAUGUUGUGACUUGGAAUGCUUUAGUAUGUGCUCAUGCUCAAAAUGGGAGAGGGGAUGUAGCGAUUGAAUUGUUUAAGAGAAUGGAGUAUAUGGGAAUUAAGCCAAAUAGUGUUACGCUUCUUGGUUUGUUACUGGCGUGUAGUCAUGUUGGUCUUGUUGAUGAGGCUUAUUCAUAUUUUGAACAGGCAAGAACUCGGGAUGCUAAUCUGCUGAAAUCUGAGCACUAUGCAUGUAUGGUUGAUCUGCUAUCGCGUUCAGGGAGGUUUAAACAAGCUGAGAAAUUCAUUCAUGAUUUGCCUUUUGAUCCAGGAAUAGGAUUUUGGAAGGCUUUGUUAGGAGGCUGCCAGAUUCAUUCAAACACGAAGCUAGGGGAAUACGCUGCUGAAAAGGUAUUGGCUUUAGAGCCUGGAGAUGUUUCAUCAUAUGUGAUGCUUUCGAAUGCACAUUCUGCUGCUGGAAGAUGGCAGAGUGUGUCCAUCGUAAGGAAUGAAAUGAGGGAAAAAGGGUUGAAGACGGUCCCUGGAUGUAGUUGGGUUGAAAUCAAAUGCAAAAUUCAUGUAUUUGUUACUGGAGACAAGAGACAUACCAACAAGCCUGAGAUUUAUGAACUUCUUGGGUACUUCCUCCAGCACACAAUGAAGAGCCAAGAAACUGAUUUUCUUCAAGAAUUUUGAUGCACAACUCCACACUUCAAGAACUGUAAAGAUGCAUUUGAAGCUGUACUAAGUCAAGUUUCAUGAGAUUGUGAGGUAAGUUGAACACAGGGGAGAAAGAGGUAUAACUAUACACCAUUAUAAGAAAACAAUCGUUAUUCUGGGGCGACGUUAAACUGAACUUUCUGAAGUAACUACUUAUAAAUUUGAUUGCUUACUACAUAUGAAUCAUGAGACUCUCUAUGUUUGUCUUAGUUGAAGUGGUGUCAUUGGCCAAAUGAUUUAUCUAUCCUCAGAACCCUCUAAUUAUCAUCUUCAGAUCUUUCUGUUGAUUAUAAAAUUCAUUGCUUGUAGUAUCCAAUGCUAAAAAACUGGUUCUUCACAAGACAAAUAUAGUAAUCAUUGUCAUGCAAUAACUGCUAUGAUAUAUACAUCUUAUUAUGAAUAUAGAACAAGAUAUAAAGG